UGCCAGGUCUUCCUCUCCAUCAAGGGCAUCUACUACCAGGCAGAGGUGCUGGGCCAGCCCGUCACCUGGAUCACCCCCUACGCCUUCGCCCACGACCACCCCACAGACGUGGAUUACCGGGUCAUGGCCACCUUCACUGAGUUCUACACCACCCUCCUGGGCUUCGUCAACUUCCGCCUCUACCACUCCCUCAACCUGCUCUACCCCCCCAAGAUCGACAGCCAGGCUGAUGCUGAGCUGAAGCCCACGGAGGGCAAGGAGUAUGCCAUGGAUUCAGAGAGCUACCUGGAGAGACUGUCAGCUCUGAGCUCCAGCCUGGCCCGAGUAGUGGCACCGACCCACGAGGACGAGGUGGAGAUGGACGAGUUCCCGGUGGAGGGGGAGACGGCAGAGCAGAUGGAUGCCAAGAAGAAGGAGCAGGAGGCCCUGGAGAAGCACAAGAAGCUGUUUGAGGGGCUGCGCUUCUUCCUCAACAGGGAGGUGCCUCGGGAGCCUCUGGCCUUCGUCAUCCGGAGCUUUGGUGGCCAGGUCUCCUGGGACAAGUCCCUGUGCAUUGGGGCCACCUAUGACGCCACCGACCCCUCCAUCACCCACCACAUCAUCGACCGGCCCCGCGUGGAGAAGCAGGUGGUGGGCAGGUACUACCUGCAGCCUCAGUGGGUGUUUGACUCGGUCAAUGCCAAGCUGUGCCUGCCCGUGGCCGAUUACUUCCCGGGUGUCCUGCUGCCCCCGCACUUGUCACCCUUCGUGACGGAGCAGGAGGGUGACUACGUGCCUCCGGAGAAGCUGAAGCUGCUGGCCCUGCAGCGGGGAGAGAACCCAGAUGAGGAGAGUGAGGAAGAGGAAGAAGAGGAGGAGGAAGAGGAAGAUGACAAUGACAAAGAAGAGGAGGAGGAAGAUGAGUCUGAAAGGGAAGAGGAGAUGAAAUUAAAGAAGAUGGAAGAGCAGAAGACUCAGAGCAACAAGGCACUUCCCGUGAAGGUGACGGCGGGGAAGGUGCGGGUGGAGGACAAGCAGCGCCUGGAGCAGGAGCAGCAGAGCGAGGAGAAGCGCCUGGCCAUCAUGAUGAUGAAGAAGAGGGAGAAAUACCUCUACAAGAAGAUCAUGUUCGGCAAGAAGCGCAAAGUCCGUGAGGCCAACAAACUGGCUGCGAAGAGGAAAGCCCAUGACACGGCCCUCAGGGAGGAGAAGAAGAAGAGCAAGAAGGCACAACGAGCAUGAUGGGGCUGGGGGCUCCCAGAGGGGGCUGGAGGAUGGUUUUCCACUGCUGCUGUUGGGUGGAAAACCCUCGGCUUUGCUCCUGAGACAGAAAUGCUGUAUUGAAACGUUUCCCAACAGUAAAUACACCUCCUGCUGUGCCUCUCCCGUGGCUCCCUCCACGGAAUCCAUGUUACAAGGACUGUCCUCUCCAUGCUGGAGCCACCUCUGUGUGAGGAUGAGGUUGAGGAGAGCUCCAGGCUCUGGAAUGUUUCGUAUGGAUUUGCACAGCCCUGGGUGCCGGAUCCAGGCUCCCUUGGGCAGAGGAGUGCAGAGCCCAGAGUGCUCCCCAGUAUCCACAUAGAAAACCAUAUUCCCUUAUAUUUUUAUUUUUAAAUAAAGGUGUUGCUUUCCUGGU